ACGCUAAGCAACGUAAGACCUUCCGUCGAAGAGAUAUUGACGCGCAAACUCCGGAUAUCAAACCAAAAAACUAUUUUGUGCGAAACCUUACCCAAAUGUUGUCAACAAUGUGGCUGUUUUUGUUUCUGACGCUGGUUAGCGUAUGUUGCAAGGCAGAAGUUUGUCCAUGUGAGAUCCAGGAACUCUGUCAACAAAUUCGCGAUGAGAAGGACUUUGAGGUGUUUGUGUUUGAUGUGGGCAAGAAAGCAUGGAAGUCAUAUGAUUGGGGAAAAGUGACAACUGUUGCUGCAUUUGGGAAAUAUGAUGCUGAACUCAUGUGCCACGCCCAUUCAAAAGGAGCACGGCUAGUCCUGAAAGGUGAUGUGUCUAUCCCUGAAAUGGUGGACCCUGCCAACAGGACAGCAUGGAUCACAAGCAAAGUGGACUUGGCAAAGAGGCAGUUUAUGGAUGGCAUCAACAUAGACAUUGAGCAAGAGGUGGCCGACUCCUCCCCAGAGUACUACACCUUGACAGCACUUGUCAAAGAGACCACUGAGGCCUUUCAUAGAGAGAUCCCAGGUUCCCAGGUGUCAUUUGAUGUUGCCUGGUCGCCCAAGUGUAUAGACGGGCGCUGCUACGACUACGCCGCCAUUGCCGAGUCCUGCGACCUGCUAUUUGUGAUGUCAUAUGAUGAGCAGAGUCAAAUAUGGGGCGAUUGUGUUGCGAUGGCAAAUGCUCCAUUCAAUCAGACACAGUCAGCGUAUGACCAAUAUUUGGCGAUGAAGAUAGAUCCAAAGAAGCUUGUGAUGGGAGUACCAUGGUAUGGCUAUGAUUACCCUUGUCUCGACUUCUCCCAGGAAGGGGUGUGCUCCUUAGCCAAGGUUCCGUUCCGGGGUGCACCUUGUAGCGAUGCAGCUGGCCGUCAGAUCCCUUACAGCUUUAUGAUGAAACAGAUCAACGGCUCUCUGUCUGGCAGGCUGUGGGACGAAGUCCAGCUGGCUCCCUACUACAACUACAAGGACCAAAGGGGACAGAUCCAUCAGGUGUGGUACGACGACCCAGAAAGCAUUGCCCUGAAGGUGGCAUAUGUACGAGAGCUGGGCCUGAAGGGCACGGGAAUGUGGUGCGGCAACCUCCUGGACUACAGCAAUAACUCAGUUGCCCAGGAACAGAGUCGAGACAUGUGGAACGCCCUCAUGGGUUGCCAAGACGCUCAGUGCUGAGAAGACUGCCUUUCCAUUGGAUCCUCACAGCUAUUUGUUGCUAGUCAAUAGAUGCUUUUGUUCGAGGACAGAAGUGGGACAGAGGAACCGUAACGUGUAUUCCUCUUGAUCUCAGGGAUGUGUACUUGCACUUCUAUUUCAUAGUAGUUUUUUUUAUUGCAAUUGUAAAACAUGAGCCACUUUAGAAUCAUGCCAACACAGAUGAUUGUCAAACACAGCAUUGUGCCACUGUCUGAAUCUUACAAAAUACAUUUUGCUUUGCCGUAUAAGCACUUAAUAAAUACUGUGAUAUGCAUAUGCCAGUAGAUUAAAUAAAAAAACAUAAAUAACUCUCAGCCAA